AUGGCGAUUGGAAUCGAAGCCAACGACAACAGCUCCAGUGCGAGGGUGGAGGAGAGUGGCAGUGAGAUCAGUUGGAGAGUGACUGGAAGGUUGGAGACAGCUGGAGAGGCGCUAGGCUUGAAGAGGCUAGCGUGGUUCCUGGCUGAGCACCGGUCACCUGAUGGCCAGCUGAUGGCCGAGCUGGCUGGACCAGAUCAGAAUCCCGAGACCGAAACAGGCACACAAGCAGCAGGGGGGAUUGAGAAUAAAGAGAAGACUUGA